AUGGAUCCGACAGCAAAGGAACAGACUGAGAAAAGCUUCCACUACGUCAUCAGAGCUCCCAGUAGUGAUGGCUUUGAUGUGAUGAACGUGGAUGUGAAGAUUGACACGUCCUGGGUGUUCCGAGAUGUGGAGGAGAGUGACCAGGAGCAGGGAUGCCUUCCAGAAGCAGCCAGCAACCCAGACUUGGACACAGGACUGCUCAGGGAGCAGCUGGAAUCUUCGGAGCGGAAGCUGUUGGCCAUUGUGGACAAGCAUGUGAUGUCAGAGUCAGGGCUGAGGAGCAGGGUCGAGGAGUUGGAGCUGUCGGAGAGGAAACUUCUCCUCAAGGUAGAACAGCUGAGAGCCCGCAUGGCCCAGGAAAGAUGCGCCUCGCUCUACGCCCAGGAGCGGCUACAGGCACUGCAGAAGGAGCUGGUCAGCCAGGUGCGGGAGGCGAAGAGGGCAGCCAGAAAGCAGCAGCGGCUGCAGGAGCGGCUGCAGCUCAAGGACAAGGCCCUGGCACGGCAGGAGGUGGCCCUAGAGCGCUGUGGGCGGGCCCAGCGGUUGCAGCUGGGCCUGGUGCGGGAGCAAGAGCGCCUUCUGCGGGCACAGGUGCAGCGGCUGGAGCGCGACGUGUGGCGCCUGGGCCGUGCCGCGGGCCUCCUGCUGGCACAGCUGCACGCCUCGGACCCGUUGCCCAGUGAGGGCAGCUUCCGGCCGCAGAUUCCGGCCGGUUCCCUAGGAGCCUCCGAGGCCACAGAGCUGAGUGUACUGCGGGCCAGGGCGGAACGCGCCGAGCGGGAGUGGGCGGAGGCGGUGCGCAGGCUGCAGGAGCACAGCGUCACCAAGCGGGAGCUGCAGGAGCAGCUGGAGGAACUGCGCUGCUGUGUGUAUGGGCUGACGCUGUCGGAGAUCGGCCUGUACAGCCAGGUGGAGGAGCUCGCCCAGCAAAACAGGCGCCUGCGGGCCCAGCUGGGGCAUGGUAGCCCGGGUGCCUUGAGCUGUGCCCAGAGUGACUCUCUGCACAGCACAGAGGUGUUGGAUCCCUGCAGCAGCCGAGGCUACCACAGUGAUGCUUGUGGACUUAAAGCCCUCACAGGCCAGCUCUCAGAAAAGCUCCAUAGCCAUGCUCAAGAUCAACCAGAUCCUUGUUUGGUGAUGCCAGCAAGUACCAUAGGCAAGCUCCAGGAAGACCUGCCGGGGUCGGAGCCUAGACAGGGUGCUCUUGUCCAGCCCCACCUAGAUGGACAGAUUCUUCGGCUGCUGUGUAGCUGCCCCCCAGAACCAGGCAUGGAUGAGCGACUCUGCUCCUUGGCAGGAGUUUCAGAGAAUCUUCAAGCCACUGGAGCCCAGGAAUCCCUCCUACUGUUACCCACAUCCAUGUUCCCGCUCUGGGGACCUGCUGGGGAAGCACAGCCCCUACUGACACCUCUGCUCUGGAAGCGUCUCCUACAAGAACUUCAGACCCAAGAAGAGAUGGACAUCAAGCUGUCCCCUGCUCCUGAGGUUGUGACACACCCUGACUGGCCUUGUGAUCUGGCAAGGAGCCAAGUCGCAUCCUUCAGCCAGGAGUCUCCACUCAUUUCAAAUGGCUCAUUUCCCACAAAAGAGUCCAAGGAGCCCAGAGACAUGUGGAAGGAGAGAGGCAAGCAUCCAGUUGCAAGUGCAGAGAAGUGGGAGGUGAUGAGUACCUUGGGUGUGAUAAAAUCGGAGCUUGAUGACAAAUUCCUGCUGGACCAGGAAACCAGUGAGAAGCUGAUCGUGGACAUUGGGGGCCAAGCCCCAGAGGGCAUACAGGAAGGGAGCAGGGCUUCAGAGACCCAUGUCAUGGCCCACUGUCCUUGGCUCUGGCCUGAAUGUCAAUGUCUCCUACUGACUCUGCAUGGGGAAAGCUCUAAGUCACAGGAAAGUCCUGAUCCCUUGAGAAAGAGAUGGGGUGUGGAAGGAUGUGACUGGGAACACUUGGGAAAACUAUCACCAGAGAAGAAGGAAGAGGCUACCAGCUCUAGGGCGCAUGAUACAAGAGACCCAGAGCCAAAUGGUAGCCAGCUUCCAGCAGGAAUGGGCAAAGAGGUCUGGAGGAGGGCACAGGACAAGCAGGGCCACCAGCUGUGCUUUGGAGACACUCACUUCCUGCAAAAGGAGUGGUCAGGGGAAGAAGAACAAGAGCAGAAGAUGCAGCUCCAAACGGCACCCAGCCCAGCUCCACUGGGUGUCUCUGAGCAGCUUGACUCCAAGCGCCAUGCGGGUCAGGAACAAAGACUACCAAUGGGUGAUCAGGAUUUGCUCGAGUUUCCCAAAUGGGCCCCAAAAGGUGGCAGCAGUGAAGGUCCUUGCCCCUCACAGACUCUGACCACAGGACAGAGCAGGAGCACCCUCCAGCUAGACACACUGGAAAGGGAGGUGGGGGCCUGUUUCCAGCAGCUGGACAACCUGAAGCUUGUCUGUGGCGAUCCCCAGCAGAUGUCAGCAUUGAUGAGAAAGAGCCAGAGUGUCGCUUAUACAGGGUUGGACACUGAGGGGGAUGUGGGCCAUCAGCAGGCCUUAGCCAGCCAGGAUCUGAAUGCAAAAUCCAGCAGGAAUGGCGAGGGAGUGAGGCUGGAGGAGGGUGUGGCUCUGUGCAUUGGAGAAGUUCUUUCAGGACCAGCGUUUGAUGGGGGUAAAGCCAACCUGGUCCCUGCAGAGCUGAGUGGGAGCCCGCUCCCCCCAACAUGGUGUACCCACAAGAGGGUGGGGAACAGAUUCCUUCAUCUCCUUGACUCUCCAAAGAAAGAGAGAAGUCAGAUUUUGCUUGAUAAUGCCAGGGUUCAGGGAGCCCAAGAAGGAUGUCACCAUGAAGGACACCAUUGUGAAAAAGAGCGGGCCAGAGAAGUGGCCAAGGCCCUGAGGCUGGAACAGGCUAACCAAUCACUGCAGGGAGAGCUGGUCCGCCUCAGGCGCGAACUGGACCAGUGUCUGCAGGCUGUGUCCGACCUGGAGGACUGUAAUGGGAAGAGUUACCGCAAGAUUUCCCAGCUGGAAGAGGAGAAUGAGAAACUGAAGGGGGACCUGGGCCGGCUGCACAAAGCCAUGUCCGAGAGUGUCAGGAAAGCCGGAAGCAGGAUGCAGCAUGUCACCCUGGAAAACAGGGAGCUCAGGGCUCUGAUCUCAGAGCUUGGAGUCAGUUACAAAGGGCUGAUAAAGGACACAAUGCUAGGGAUAGAAGACAUGCUCUGGGCUCUGCAGGGGGAAAACCAGCACCUUGUAUGCAGGGUCCAAGGCCUGGAGCGGGAGGUCCUGCAGAUGAGCGGGGAUCCCAGGGAAGAAAAGUGGUGUUGCCAGGGAAACUUCAAGAUGGCAGGAGACAAGGGACACAUGGAAGACAAAGAGGUCCAGGUGACUCUACUUUCAGGACAACUGGUUACACGAGCCUGUGGGCCAGCUUGGGAUGAGAAAUCAGGCGUGACGUGGGGGCAGGCAGGACCUUCCUUAGAUUUGAAAGGUUCCAGAUGUGGGGCUGUUGCUAGUUCUGCUUCAUCUGUCUGUGCAGUCACUACAGGGCCUCAGGAAGCAAACACCAAUGGGGCAAAGGGAGACGGAGCUCGGCUACAGAAAGAACAGGAGACACCAUGGUGUUCCAUGCAACAAGGACAGUCUCAGAGGUCCCUGAGCUGCAGCCUCCAGCUCCAGACCUCCAAGGCUGCUGUCCCUGAGGAAGACCCAAAACUGUGCACACAGCGGCUCCACCACCAGGUGCGGACUCUACAGUGCCAGCUCAGGGACCAGUGCUGGGCACUGCGGGAGUUGCAGGUGGCUCGGGAUGAGGCUGUGGGCCUCCAGGAUAAGCUCAAGGGCAAGCUCGAGGAGCUUCAGGCGCAGCAGCAUGAAGCGCUCCUGGCCAUGAGUCCUCUGAAGGCCAAGCUGGCUUCCAUGGUUCACAAAUGCCAGGAGAGGAACCGCCUCAUUGAGCAACUGCUGCAGGAGCUGCCAAGACAAGAGCCCAAGACCCACCUGCUCUUUGAGCUGGCGCAGAACAUGCUUGAUGAUGAGGCUCUGGCUGAGUAUACUGCCACCUUCCUGACCCCAGGAGCCCUAGAGGUAAUCUGCCACCAGGAUGUGGGCUCCAAGGGGAAGACAGCCAGAGGAGGAGCUCAGGAGUACCUGCUUAAUUCUGAAACGGACAGUAUCCUUCAAAGCUUGUGGGGUGUGGAGUCCUGGUCCCUUCCAGGGACUAAGUGGGCAUUUCAGAUGUCUUCACCCAGUUCCCCAAAGCUCUGUGGCUGCUUCCCAUCCAUCCCUGGAGGAUGGAGAGAUGGGUCUAGUCUGCUGGUCAGACUGGAAGGCAGACACAUGAUCAUAUCUGGAGAGGCAAAAGAACUUCCUGCUACAGUGCUCCUGUACCUGGUCCUUCCUGUGAGUUCUGGAAGGGAACGUGGUUUCAGAGGUGAGAUGCUGGUAUGGAUUGUCUUAUGCCCAGGAGUAACUGAUGGAGCAGGCAGUCUCUUGCCACUCUACAGCUCCUGGAGGAGACUGGCUUCCCACCAAGCACUCAGGCAGAGUGUCUGCAGCAAUUCCCAAGCCAAUAAAUCACUGGCAGCAGUUGGAGAGAGAAUGAACAGAGAAUUCCCAUUUGCCCUUUCCUUGCCUUCCCCAAUAUCAGUAUCUCGUGAAACCAACCACAGCAUGGAUCUAGGACUUAGUGGGUUUGGUUUCCAGGGGAAAUGGAAGCCACUGAAAUGUAAGCAAAACUCACAUAGCUGUGGCCACUUGGCUGGGCUUGGGGCUUGGGAGACAGAACCAUGUUCAGGUUAUAUCCUAGUGAGGCUUCCAGUGGGCUACACCCUCGGUCAGCAGUGUGUUAUCAGAGGUCAGGACUUGGAAGAAGGAUGCUCAAUUCCAGCAAUGGCUAUCCGGCUUCCACCUGCUGGGCUCACAGUUAGGAGGAAAGGACCACAAGGGAUGCCGAGAAGCUGCCUUCAUGGUCCCUUCUUCCAGCACCUCCUGGAGUCAUUGGUUGUGGUUGCUGUUAAGGUUCAGCAGGGUUUACUCCGUUUUGAAUCUGAGGACUCUCAGAAUGCUCAGUAUUUGUUAGAUGCUCAUGGUAAAUUCAAAUCUCCUCCGCAUGACGGAGGGCAGUCCUCAAUGAACCACUGCCUCCCUCUCCAAAGUGAAGGUGUUGUGUCUGAUUUAGCCUCCAGGCCCCUCAUGGGUCAAUGUGUUCCCCGACUUCUUUGCCCACUGAAUAUGCUCCACCACUGUGUGCUUCACCGGCGUGUGUCACACUUGGGAGGUGCAGGAAGGCAUGUGGUAAAGAUGUUGCAUUCUGGAGCCGGUCAAACCUCUUCAUACACGUCAUUAGAUGCUCUUCAUCCUGCUGGGCCUCCGUUUCCCCAUCAGAUCCUGUCACGGACAUCAGCAAGUGUGUUCCCGUACAAAGGCUCAGAACUGGGUAUGACACUCUGA